CCAGCACUGAGCAAGAGCAGUGCACCUUUUCGACUGCCGCAGAACCACGUGCUCUUUGGGUCCCUGAGUGAGGCUGUGAGUAAAGGCUUUGCCCAGCCAAGCAGUCACUGGAUCCCCUUCAUGGAGGCAGCAGUGAUGCUCAUCUACCAGCUAGCAGAAGGCCCAGAGGAGAUAUGUGCUCACAUUCUCCAGGUGUGCAGUCAGCAAGCACUGGAGAAGCUACAGGAGGCUGAUGGGCAAAAAGCCAAUCCAGGGGUUUCUCCCAGCAGAGUCUCUGAUGGUGCUAGCAGUCUCCCCACGCUCCUGCUGAUGCACCUGGUGUCCCUUGUGGGACAGGUGGCAAUGCAGCAGGUAGCAUAUUUGGAAGUGUCAGUUAUUGCAGAGCUACGCAGGCGCCGGGUCCUCAGAGAGAAGAAGGACAACAAGCAUUCUGACAGCAGCAUGAAGCAGCAGACACGCCAGAGCACAGGAAACGAGACCACUCUGGAGGAGGAGCUGGGCCUCGUGGGAGCCUCAGCUGAGGACACGGAGGCUGAGCUCAUCCGCAGUAUUUGUGAGACAGAACUUCUCGAUGGGAAGCACCUGUUCUCAGCCUUUGUUCCCCUGGUGCUCAAGAUCUGCAACAGCCCUGGGCUCUACAGUGAUCCGGCGCUCUCGGCUGCUGCAGCCCUGGCUCUUGGCAAACUCUGCAUGAUCAGCUCCGAGUUCUGUGACUCCCAUCUGCGCCUGCUGUUCACUAUGAUGGAGAAGUCCACUCUGCCUGGUGUGAGAUCCAACCUGGUUAUUGCAGCAGGAGAUCUGGCCAUCCGUUUCCCCAACCAGGUGGAGCCUUGGGCAUCACAUCUCUAUGCCAGGUUGCGGGACCCCUGCCCAAGCGUGAGGCAGACGGCUGGACUGGUGCUGACUCACCUCAUCCUCAAAGACAUGGUCAAGGUGAAAGGCCAAGUGAGCGAAAUGGCAACUCUGCUUAUAGACCCAGAGGAAGAAAUCGCGGGAUUGUCUCAGAACUUUUUUCGUGAACUCUCCAGCAAGGGUAAUGCCAUCUAUAACCUGCUUCCAGACAUCAUCAGUCGUCUCUCGGAUCCUAACUGUGGCGUAGAAGAGGAAUCCUUCCACACUAUUAUGAGACAUCUCUUCUCCUAUAUUACAAAAGACAAACAGACAGAGAGCUUGGUGGAGAAACUUUGUCAGCGAUUCCGGACUGCCAGAACCGAGCGUCAAUAUCGGGACCUGUCCUACUGCCUUACGCUGCUUCCCAUCUCGGAGCGUGGCCUUCAGAAGCUGCAGGACAACUUUGACUGCUUUGCAGACAAGCUUCAAGACCCAGCCGUCCACAGCUGCUUCCAAACUGUGCUGUCUCGAUUCCGCAGAGCCGGCGGCAAACCAGAGAUUAAAGUUCUGGCUGAAGACCUGGAGCAGAAGCUGGCUGCUUCCCAUAACCAAGGGCUGGAUUCAGCAGAGACGUGCCAGGAAGGCAGUGCAACCCCAAUGCCAGCCAAGCAGAAACCAACAGCAGCAAGUUCACGCCGCCAGCCCUGCGCAGCCAGCAAGGAUGAAGAUUUUGUCACACCCCAGCCUCGUGCCGUUCGAAACCAUAAGCGUGCCCAAAAGCACCCUCGCCCAAAAAAGCUGUUAUCACCUUCUCCAGUGAUGAGAGCAGCUCUGAGGACG